AUGAAAAUAAUUGUCAAAACCUUAAAUGGAUCGAAUUUGGAAAUUGAAGUACAAACAACAGAAACAGUAAAUAUGAUUUAAAUAUUAGGUUCUAAACAUUAAACAAAAAAUUGAAUAGCUUAAGUAAUUUGAAAUAGAUUAAUAAAAAAUAUUAAGAAAAGGUACUAUUUUGCAAAAUGAAUCAACUGUUGGUUAAUUGGGACUUCAAGAAAAAGACCUUCUAGUUGUCAUGGUCAACGUUAAAGUAACUAAUUCAACUACAUUAAUUUAGAAAGAACCUUCUAAACAAUAAUCUUUUUAAUAAUAAUUUCAAUAGUAACCUUAGUAAACACAAUCUAUUUAAGAAUAAAAACCUAUGUAAAUGCCAAAAACAAUUAUUAACUAAGAAUAUUUGGUGAAAAAUUCAUAAUAUGAUAUAUUCUUUGAAAGUAUGGUUAAACAAGGAUUUUCUAAAUCUUAAUGUACUAAGUAGGAAAAUAAAGCUGGAUUUAGUUAAAUCUAUUAUAAUUAGUUCUAUUAUACGAAAUAUAAAGAUAUUCCUUUAAUUAAAUAUUUGACAGAAUUAUAUAUUAAAGAUCCAGAAGCAAUCCUAUAGAUGCUAAAUGAAUUCAAAAAAGAAAAUCCCUAAUUAUUGUAAGUAAAUAAUUUAUUUAAUUUUAACUGAAUCCUGAGGAUUUAAUUUAGAUACUUAAAUAAAGUGCUUAGGAAGGAAAAGAAGAAAUUGAGACAGAAAUUACUUAGGAGUAAAAAUCAGAGUUUACUAAAGAGGAAAAAUAACAACUUAAUUCAUUAAUCAUGAUGGGAUUCUCCAAAAAAGAUGCACUAGAAGGAUAUUUGGCUUGUAAUAAAAAUAUUAUGAUUGCAUCUUCAUAUUUAUGUGAAAAAGUAGGAAAAGGGGAAUUAUAAAGUAUAAUAUAAUAGUUAAUAAAGAUGACUUAAUAAAGAUAGAUUUAAAUAAUUUUAACAAUAAUUAUGAAAAAGGUAAAGAAGAUGAUGAUGAUAAUGAUGAUAAAUAUUAUUGA